AAAUACAGAAAAUGGCCGUAUCAUCCUCCGCCAGAGUAGACUCACGGAGUACGGACGGCCUUGUUCUUUUGUCUCAAGGUGCUGAGGCCCGAGUUUUCGAGUUACCCUCUUUUUUGGGAGGUCGCCCCGCUAUAGUCAAAGAGCGAUUUGCCAAGUCUUACCGCCUUCCUGUCUUGGACGCGAAACUGACAAAACAGCGCACUGUGGGAGAGGUGCGAUGUAUGUUACGGUGCGCGAAGGUAGGGGUACACGCUCCCUGUGUCUAUAUGGUCGACAUGCAAGCAUCCAGAAUUUACAUGGAGAGAAUAGAAGGCCGCUCCUUUAAGGCAUUUUUACGCGACCACUUUAAUGAUGCAACGCGUUCGUAUACGCCCGCAGCACACGAAUUGGCCGAUGAGCUUGGAAAAGUGGUAGCAAGAAUUCACGAUGCCGAGAUGGUACACGGGGAUUUGACCACAUCAAAUGUUAUGGUCAUGGGCGAGGAAGACGGAAAAAGCAAGGCACAAGACGUAAGUCAUCGGCUCGUGGUGAUUGAUUUCGGCCUAGGUUUUUUGCAACCCCUGCCUGAAGACAAAGCUGUUGACCUCUACGUACUCGAACGGGCAUUUCUUUCAACGCAUCCCAAUUCUGAGGAAUUGGUAGAUCGUGCAAUGGCUGCCUACGCGAGACACUCAUCGAGCCAUCAGUCGAAGGCAGUUUUGAAAAAAUUAGAGGACGUUCGUCGGCGAGGUCGAA